UCAGCAUCAAGUGCCGCCUGAGCGCAGCGUCCCGGCUGCGUCUUUCCUCUCAGACUCUCCAGAGGAGCCAUGAGGAGCAGGGAGUCUUGGCCCUGCUGAUGACAGCACGUCAGUGGGAUGGAGUGACAGCCGUUUGUUUGCCACCAGGAUCACGUUCGUUUAUAUCUGAGGAAAACAAACAAUACCCUGCGGAUUUGACAUAAUCCAUCAAUCGGAUGCGAGCAGAGCCUGACCCGACUUAACCAUGGGCCCCAUACCACUUUGCAUCCUUCUCCCAGUGACGGUGCUGACUGUGGUGGUGGCUGGAGCUGUUGAGGAGAACACGAUUGAUGACAAGUACACCUGGCCACAAUGGAAGGUUCCCCUGGUAAAGAAAAGACGCACUGUGCCCCUCAGCAGCCCAAACUUCUCAGCCCAUCCUCAACUGGAGCUGAAUGGUACCUGCGGGAUCGAGUGCCAGCGUCACCUUCCCACACCUUCCCUGAACGAUUUGGAGCAGUUCCUGUCCUACGAGACGGUCUUUGAGAACGGAACACGCACGUACACCUCGGUUUCAGUGCAAGGCCUCAACGAAAUGACCUUUUGGUCAAGAAACACCUCUUCCCGUCACAAACGAGAAGUGUAUGGCACAGAUACUCGCUUCACCAUUGCUGACAAGCAGUACUCCACCAAAUAUCCCUUCUCCACCUCGGUGAAAAUCUCUACUGGGUGCUCUGGGGUUCUGGUGUCACCCAAACAUGUUUUGACAGCUGCACACUGCAUCCACGAUGGAAAGGAUUAUCUAGACGGAGCUCGGAAGCUACGUGUCGGCAUUCUGAAGGAGAAGAGCAGAAGAGGGAGAGGAAGAGGAGGGAGGGCAAAGGGGAAAAGAAGAAAAGGGGACAAAGGUAAAGAGGAAACACUGGAAAAGGGGGAGAAAGGGGAACGCAAAGGAAGAGGAAAAGGGAAGAAGAGCCGGAGUCGUCGAAGCGUUGACUCUGGGAAACCUUCAUUCAAAUGGACCAGGGUCAAACAGACCCAGAUCCCAAAGGGCUGGUUUAAAGGUGUCUCAAAAGGACUGACUGCAGAUUUUGACUACGCUGUUCUGGAGCUGAAGAGAGCCCCGAAAGUAAAUUACAUGGAUUUGGGCGUUAUCCCCUCUAUCAAGAAGCUCCCUGCUGGUAGGAUCCACUUCUCUGGCUUUGACGAUGACCGACCUGGUAACUUAGUGUACCGGUUCUGCUCCGUCUAUGAGGAAUCCAAUGACUUGUUGUAUCAGCACUGCGACGCCAAACCCGGCUCAAGCGGCUCAGGAGUUUACAUCCGCCUCAAAGAGCCGGGCCAAAAGAAGUGGAAGAGGAAGAUCAUCGGGGUUUUCUCCGGUCACCAGUGGGUGGACGUUAAUGGGGACGGGAGGCAGCAGGAUUACAACGUGGCCGUGAGGAUAACGCCCCUCAAGUACGCUCAGAUCUGCUACUGGGUCCAUGGGGACUCAAGCGAGUGCCAAGUAGCCUAAAACAUAAAACUCCCGCUAUUCCGCUUUCAUACCCACCGUAUCUCACCCUAGUUCUGCCUAACAGACCUCCCCUACCUUCACCCAUCAUGUUUUCUAAGCCCAUAGAAGCUAUUCAACGGUUUCCUCCUCUGAUUACUUUCUUUUACCUUGU